AAAGUCGAAUGAUCAAUGAUCGAGAAGGAAGCACUAUCCUCAUCGGCUAUAAAACCCACUUCCGGAGUAGGUGCUGCAAUAAACAAAAAUGCCAUUACUCUAGUGCUGUAUCCACUAUCUUUUGUGGGUUUUACGCGUGAACACUUCUUGAGCUGCCUGUUACACUAUAAAAGUCCGCAGAGUUGGUGUGGGCAGUGCAUCAGAGAAAUACAAGUUCCAAUGAAGUACAUUUGGUUUCUAGUGCUUCUUGUUGUUGUAGGUAUUGCUGCCAUUGAUGAGGUUUAUGCGGCUGGUGAAUGUGGGAAAUCUUCUCCUGACAUGGAAGCAUUUAAACUAGCUCCAUGUGCAUCAGCCGCACAAGAUGCGAGUGCUCAUGUUUCUGAUCGAUGCUGCAGUCAGGUGAAAAAGAUUGGCCAGAACCCAAAAUGCCUUUGUGCUGCUAUGCUUUCUAACACAGCUAAAAGUUCCGGGGCUAAACCAGAGGUUGCAGUGACCAUCCCCAAACGCUGCAAUAUAGCUGAUCGUCCAGUGGGAUACAAGUGUGGAGCCUAUACAUUGCCUUGAAGACUGAAGCUCCCAUGUCAUGGCGUCUGUGAUUGUGAAGUAGUUGCCCUUGGUACUAACGUGCCGAGAUAUUUCUGUGUAGCUGCAGCAUCUAGCUGAGCAGAUUACUGUGAUAUCUAGGCAUACGAAUAACAAAAGAAUAAAUGAAUGGUGUUUGAUCCGGGGUUCUGUCCACCUUAAGUGUGCAAAGCAAACUGCAAAGCAUGAAUCAGAAUACUAUUUCUCUCC